CGGCCGGGGGCAGUGAGGAGCAGCAGGCGCUCCGGGAAGUGCCCUCCUGGGCACGGAGUCAGAAGCCCUGGCAUUGAGGACCUGCCGUGCAGGUUCCUUCCAGCGUGCCUUUCUUUGUGUACUUCGAGUGACUUGUUUCACCUCUGGGCAGCUCUUUCCUCAUCUCACAAAUGUUGGGGUUAGACCAGGUCCCUAGGUCCCUGGUAGCUUUGAAAUUCUUAAAAAUCUGGUUGUUCAUUGCGAGAGGUGGCCCGGGCCCAUUAUCCCCAUUCUGCAGCUGAGAAAACCGUGGCCCAGAGAUGUGCUGAUGUCUGCCAGGUCACAGCUAGAGCCUGAUAGCACCUGCGUUCUGAGAGCUGACAAACACUGAGGGUGGCUGUAGGCACCUUCCCGACUUGAUUGUCAUCACUGCUUCUGGAAGGAGAAUGCUGAGCCUGUUGAUCCAUUGUUGGAGGAGAAAAUUGAAGCUUGAAGAGAAGUAGAAACUGUCUGUGAAGUCAUGCUGAGAGGCAGCAGGGGAGAAAACAGAUGCUGAAGUUCCGAACUGUGCAUGGGGGCCUGAGGGUCCUGGGCAUCCGCCGCACCUCCACUGCCCCUGCUGCCUCUCCAAACGUCCGGCGUCUGGAGUACAAGCCCAUCAAGAAAGUCAUGGUGGCCAACAGAGGGGAGAUCGCCAUCCGCGUGUUCCGGGCCUGCACAGAGCUGGGCAUCCGCACUGUGGCUGUCUACUCGGAGCAGGACACAGGCCAGAUGCACCGGCAGAAAGCAGACGAAGCCUACCUCAUUGGCCGCGGUCUUGCCCCAGUGCAGGCCUAUUUGCACAUCCCAGACAUCAUCAAGGUGGCCAAGGAGAACAAUGUGGACGCAGUGCACCCUGGCUAUGGGUUCCUGUCGGAGCGAGCAGACUUCGCCCAGGCCUGCCAGGAUGCCGGGGUCCGGUUCAUUGGGCCAAGCCCAGAGGUGGUCCGCAAGAUGGGAGACAAGGUGGAGGCCCGGGCCAUCGCCAUUGCUGCAGGUGUCCCUGUGGUCCCUGGCACAGAUGCCCCCAUCACGUCCCUGCACGAGGCCCAUGAGUUCUCCAAUACCUACGGCUUCCCCAUUAUCUUCAAGGCUGCCUAUGGAGGCGGGGGACGUGGCAUGAGGGUUGUGCACAGCUAUGAGGAGCUGGAGGAGAACUACACCCGGGCCUACUCAGAGGCUCUGGCCGCCUUUGGGAACGGGGCACUGUUUGUGGAGAAGUUCAUUGAGAAGCCACGCCACAUUGAGGUGCAGAUCCUGGGGGACCAGCAUGGGAACGUUCUGCACUUGUAUGAACGAGACUGCUCCAUCCAGCGGCGGCACCAGAAGGUGGUCGAGAUCGCCCCUGCUGCCCACCUGGACCCCCAGCUGCGGGCCCGGCUCACCGGCGACUCUGUCAGACUUGCUAAACAGGUGGGCUACGAGAACGCUGGCACCGCAGAGUUCCUGGUGGACAAGCACGGCAAGCACUACUUCAUCGAGGUCAACUCCCGCCUGCAGGUGGAGCACACGGUCACGGAGGAGAUCACCGAUGUGGACCUCGUCCACGCCCAGAUCCAUGUGGCGGAGGGCCGGAGCUUGCCUGACCUGGGCCUGCGGCAGGAGAACAUCCGCAUCAAUGGCUGUGCCAUCCAGUGCCGGGUCACCACCGAGGACCCUGCGCGCAGCUUUCAGCCGGACACAGGCCGCAUUGAGGUGUUCCGGAGCGGAGAGGGCAUGGGCAUCCGCCUGGAUAAUGCUUCUGCCUUCCAGGGAGCCGUCAUCUCCCCCCAUUAUGACUCCCUGCUGGUCAAAGUCAUCGCCCACGGCAAAGACCACCCCACAGCCGCCACCAAGAUGAGCCGAGCCCUUGCCGAGUUCCGAGUCCGAGGCGUGAAGACCAACAUCCCCUUCCUGCAGAAUGUGCUCAACAACCAGCAGUUCCUGGCAGGCACCGUGGACACCCAGUUCAUCGAUGAGAACCCAGAUCUGUUCCAGCUGCGGCCUGCACAGAACCGAGCCCAGAAGCUACUGCACUACCUCGGACAUGUCAUGGUGAAUGGCCCGACCACCCCGAUCCCCGUCAAGGCCAGUCCCAACCCUGCAGACCCUGUUGUUCCUGCGGUGCCCAUAGGCCCACCCCUGGCUGGUUUCAGAGACGUCCUGCUUCGGGAGGGGCCCCAGGGCUUUGCCAGAGCAGUGCGGGACCACCAGGGGCUGCUGCUGAUGGACACGACCUUCAGAGACGCCCACCAGUCACUGCUGGCAACUCGUGUGCGAACCCACGACCUCAAAAAGAUCGCCCCCUACGUUGCCCACAACUUCAGCAAGCUCUUCAGCAUAGAGAACUGGGGAGGAGCCACGUUUGAUGUUGCGAUGCGCUUCCUGUACGAGUGCCCCUGGCGGCGGCUGCAGGAGCUGCGGGAGCUCAUCCCCAACAUCCCAUUCCAGAUGCUGCUGCGGGGGGCCAAUGCCGUGGGCUACACCAACUACCCUGACAACGUGGUCUUCAAGUUCUGUGAGGUGGCCAAGGAAAAUGGCAUGGAUGUCUUCCGGGUCUUUGAUUCCCUCAACUACUUGCCCAACCUGCUGCUGGGCAUGGAGGCAGCCGGCAGUGCUGGUGGCGUGGUGGAGGCCGCCAUCUCCUACACGGGGGACGUGGCCGAUCCCAGCCGCACCAAAUACUCACUGCAGUACUACAUGAGCUUGGCUGAAGAGCUGGUGCGAGCUGGCACUCACAUCUUGUGCAUCAAGGACAUGGCAGGGCUGCUGAAGCCAGCAGCCUGCACCAUGCUGGUCAGCUCCCUCCGCGAUCGCUUCCCUGACCUCCCGCUGCACAUCCACACCCAUGACACAUCAGGGGCAGGCGUGGCAGCCAUGCUGGCCUGUGCCCAGGCUGGAGCCGAUGUGGUGGACGUGGCAGCGGAUUCUAUGUCUGGGAUGACUUCACAGCCCAGCAUGGGGGCCCUGGUGGCCUGUACCCGAGGGACUGCCCUGGACACAGGGGUGCCCCUGGAGCGCGUGUUUGACUACAGUGAGUACUGGGAGGGGGCCCGGGGGCUGUACGCAGCCUUCGACUGCACUGCCACCAUGAAAUCUGGCAACUCCGAUGUAUAUGAGAAUGAGAUCCCAGGGGGCCAGUACACCAACCUGCACUUCCAGGCACACAGCAUGGGGCUCGGCUCCAAGUUCAAGGAGGUCAAGAAGGCCUAUGUGGAGGCCAACCAGAUGCUGGGCGACCUCAUCAAGGUGACACCUUCCUCCAAGAUCGUGGGGGACCUGGCCCAGUUCAUGGUACAGAACGGGCUGAGCCGGGCAGAGGCUGAAGCCCAAGCAGAAGAGCUGUCCUUCCCCCGCUCAGUGGUGGAGUUCCUGCAGGGCUACAUUGGCAUCCCCCACGGGGGGUUCCCUGAGCCCCUACGCUCCAAGGUGCUCAAAGACCUGCCCAGGGUGGAGGGGCGGCCAGGAGCCUCCCUCCCUCCCCGAGACCUGAAGCUGCUGGAGAAGGAGCUGGCAGAGCGGCAUGGCGAGGAGGUGACCCCAGAGGAUGUGCUCUCAGCAGCCAUCUACCCCGAUGUCUUUGCCCACUUCAAGGACUUCACUGCCACCUUUGGACCCCUAGAUAGCCUCAACACCCGCCUCUUCCUGCAGGGACCCAAAAUUGCAGAUGAGUUUGAGGUGGAGCUGGAGCGGGGCAAGACGCUGCACAUCAAAGCCCUGGCCGUAAGCGACCUGAACCGUGCUGGCCAGAGGCAGGUUUUCUUUGAGCUCAAUGGACAGCUGCGGUCCAUUCUGGUCAAGGACACUCAGGCCAUGAAGGAGAUGCACUUCCACCCCAAGGCCCUGAAGGAUGUGAAGGGCCAGAUUGGAGCGCCCAUGCCCGGGAAGGUGAUAGACAUCAAGGUGGCGGCAGGAGCCAAGGUGGCCAAGGGCCAGCCCCUGUGUGUGCUCAGUGCCAUGAAGAUGGAGACUGUGGUGACCUCGCCCGUGGAGGGCACUGUCCGCAAGGUCCACGUAACCACAGACAUGACACUGGAAGGCGACGACCUCAUCCUGGAGAUUGAGUGAUUUUGCCAUAGACUCACAGCCUGGCCAUCCCCACCUCAAGCCUUCAAAAGGCACUGCGCUGCCAGGGCAGGCCCAGGCCAGCCAGUGCCCGAGGGCAGAAAAGCCUGGCUCUGGAGCUCCUGUUCUCUGCUUGUGGCAGGGCACUGCCUGUGGUGGCCCAUUAUUUCCUCCAGCCACUUGUCUUUUCUCUGCUGGUGGACAGUCGCUCACAUAUUCAUCUCUUGCCAAAUAAGGGUUCUCUCCUUGCUGGAGACUCUAGGUGGUGGCACAGGUGGGCCUGGGACCCAGGGGAGCAGGUUUAGGGGUCCUACCUCUUGGGGGGAGACCUCAGCCACAGGUCCUGAGAACUUUGCUCAAUAAAACUGGCUUUCUCCCCUGCCCUCCAUGCUGGGUCCUGUGCAGCCCCCCAUGCGCACCACUCAGCAGAGGGGCAGGGCUGCCUCCUGGAGCCCCCUGGCGGGUGGGGGCAGGUCAGCUGUAUCUACCUCCUUCGAGGGUAAUGACAACAGUGGGCUUGGUUUAAGCCACUGAGUGCCUGCUGCAUGUACAUCCUAAACAUCCUAAACUUCUUACCUAGUUAGA